AUGGGAGGCCCAAAUCUCGAAGUCUUCAAAUUCGGCAUGUACAUAAUGUUCCCAAUCGGCUUCAUGUACUACUUCGGCAUCAACCUCGACUCACGGUUUUCAGUCCCCGAUUUCUGGCCCAAAAGAGGACAAACGCAUGAGAUACCUUUUGAAAGAGAUGAGAUUCGGGAGGAGAUUGAAAGACUAAAGCAGAGGAGAUUGGCGGCUAGGGCCAGGAGGUUGGCGAUGGAGGAAAAGGAAGGAGGGCGUGCCAUGAAUCAAGAACAUGAAAGGGAGGUUGAGGUGCAGCCGAAGGAGUAUUUGAAGAAUACGCAUGUUGUGAGUCCGCCGAGUGAGGAGGAUGCGAAGAGGACCGGGUGGUUUGGGUGGGGAAAGUGA